CAGUUUUCUGGCACUGAUAGUGCAUGGCGGCUUAUCCUAACGUUGUCCUGAAGUGAGGUGGGAAAUCUGUCCAGUAAUCUAGCAUCAGUAAGACAGACAAGGUCUGCAACUGAUAAGGAAUCCAUCAUGAAUGGGCAGCUAGACUUAAGUGGGAAGUUGAUCAUCAAAGCUCAGCUUGGGGAAGAUAUUAGGAGAAUUCCUAUUCAUAAUGAAGAUAUCACCUAUGAUGAAUUGGUACUUAUGAUGCAGAGGGUUUUUAGAGGAAAACUUCUGAGCAAUGAUGAAGUCACAAUAAAAUACAAAGAUGAAGAUGGAGAUCUUAUAACAAUUUUUGAUAGCUCAGAUCUUUCCUUUGCAAUUCAAUGCAGUAGGAUACUAAAGCUGACAUUGUUUGUGAAUGGACAACCAAGACCUCUAGAAUCUAAUCAGGUGAAAUACCUGCGUCGAGAGCUGAUAGAACUUCGCAAUAAAGUCAAUCGUUUACUGGACUGCUUAGAACCGCCAGCUGAACCAGGACUUUCCACUAAUCUACCUGACAGUGAUGCUGUAGAUGGUAGGGAAGAAAAGCCUGCUGCUGCUGACUCUAACGUCAAGCCAUCCACUCAAGCUAUGGAAGCAAGCAUGUUUGCAUUCGAUCCUCUAAAGAACCAGGAUGAAAUCAGCAAGAAUGUCAUGUCAGCAUUUGGCUUGACAGAUGAUCAGGUGUCAGGACCACCCAGUGCCCCUGCAGAAGAGCGAUCAGGAACCCCAGACAGCAUCGCUUCCUCCUCUUCUGCAGCCCACCCCCCUGGUGUUCAGGCACAGCAGCAACCAUACCCGGGCACACAGCCACAGACUGGCCAGGUGGAAGGUCAGAUGUAUCAGCAGUACCCCCAGCCUGGUUACCCUGCCCAGCAGCCACAGGCGCAGCCGCAGCAGCAGCAGUAUGGUGUGCAGUACCCAGCAGGCUACAGCCAGCAGCAGACCCCCUCGCAGCAAGCCCAGCAGUUCCCGGCCUACACCCAGCCGGCCGCCCCAGCCCCGGCUGCCGCUUUUCCCGGUCAGCAGCCACCCCAGCAACCGCUGCCGCCGCAGCAGCCACCGCAGUACGCAGGGGGCAACUACCCGCCGCAGCCCUACACCACGCAGCCCUCACAGCCGGCCCCCUACAGCGGACCUCCCGGUGGUACCCCAGCAGCGCCUGGCACCUACCAGCCACGGCCUGGCUUCACCCCGCCGCCUGGCAGCACCAUGACCCCUCCACCCAGCGGGCCCAACCCAUAUGCCCGUAGCCGGCCUCCCUUCGGUCCCCAGGGCUACACCCAGCCCGGACCCGGCUACCGGUAAGGAGCUGCCGCCAGCACAGGCCUUCUGUGCCUGCCAUUCCAUCCCCACAGACUCCAGGAAUUUGAAUUGAGGUUCCAAAACUGUGAUGAGGCAAAACCAUAGCUGUUAAUGAAAUUCUGCUGGGGGGAGGGAGCAACCAAACCAAUCUGUCCUGCUUCAAGUGGUAUCUGCUUCCUAGUUUAAUUCGGGGCUGGGUUAUUUUGGGGAAACACGACCUGAGUGUCUGUAAAGUGAUUGGCAUUCAAGCUUGUCUGGUUGGAAGGAGCUGAAGAGCUAGUUGGAAGUUUAGCCCACUUACGAGAUUUGUUUUUACUAAUACCAUGGUGUACUAAAUUAGAUCAUUCUGGAGGGAAAACUAGAUACGAUGUAUUAUAAAUUGUAAUGCUCACAUGGAAAACUAAUAAAAACCCUGAAUCUAUUUAA